UUCCGUCUCACCCAAACAUCUCGCAUCAUAUCUCUUUCUCUCUUUCUAAGGAAAACCCAAAAAAAAGGGGGAAUUCCUAUUCCAAGAUUCCCACCCAUUACUAUUUGUCUCUUGCUUUCCUUGCUUAUAUUUCCCACCAUUUAAGAAUUCUGAAUUCCCAACUUUAACCAAACACCCUUACUCAUUUCUCAUAUAUUUUUUUUAAAAAAACACCCCUCUUUCAAAAGGAGGAAAAAUCUUUUCCUCUAGCUAGGAAUUGGAUUUUAUUUUUCUGAAACUGAGGAACGCUUCUUUUAUUUCUUUAAUUAGCAUACAAUGGAAAACAAAAGAAAGCUGGACGAGAAUGACUCGGAUUUGAACUCGCCCGAGCCAAAACGUAUUCGUAUUGACUCGGAUAACUCGGCCGAGUCGACUCUUUUUAACUCGGAAGACUCGGAUUUGAACUCGCCCGAGACGCACCUUUCCGAGGAAGACCUACUUAACAUAUUAGACGACUCGGACAUAGUCACUGACCGUGACCCGGCGAUUCAAGGCCUCGACUCAGUGAUCAAAAGCUUCGAGGAAGAAAUACUGGUUCCAGCUCCAGCGCCGGCGCCGACGGCGGCGGUUAUCGACCAAACAUCAGACUCCGGCGAGUCCCAGCCGGAGCUUGGUUACCUUCUAGAAGCUUCCGACGACGAACUCGGCCUCCCGCCGACGACCUCCUCCGGCGAGGAAAUGAAAAUCGAAGCUGUGGAUUUCGAGGCGAGCUCAGCCGGUCCAGAAACCGUUGGAUUGGAUGGGAUCUUGUUAGGGUUCGAGAACGAGAUUCCGAGUUACGACUCGUUCGAGUUUGGAAUCGGUGUUGACUCGGAGAGUAAUUUGCACGAUAAUAAUAGCGAGUUCGUGGCAUUUGGAGGUUUGUUUGAUUAUUCGGAUCAGAGCUAUGACCCGGCUGGUGACUCGGAGUUACUGUGGCGACCCGAAUCGCUGCCCGCUUUGUAGUUAUAUAUAUAUAUACGGUAGAUUUGUUGUUGAAAAGGAUAGUUUGUAAAUUUUCAAAAGGAAAGGGAAAUUAAAAAAAAAAAAUGGAAAUAUGUAUAUCUAAAAUUUGAAAC